GCUGUUACCCAGACCAGAGACGCCAGCUCAGAGAAAACAUCUCAGCCACGGGUAGAUAGAUAGAUAGAUAGAUAGAUAGAUAGACAGAUAGAUAGAUAGAUAGAUAGAUAGAUAGAUAGAUGAGAGAACUCAGAAAGUGAUCAGAAAAGUUACCAGAAAGUGACAUUAUACAUUGGACGUUACUGGAAAUUACUGUAACUCUUGAGAUUUCUGUUUCUGCAACUAUACAAAAAGGUAUCCCACUCUAAAACUUUCGGUGGCUAUCAUGCUUGGAGAAGCUUUCCUUCACAUUCUAAACUGCACAGAAGACAACACAAAUCAUGAUGGACGCUCUCACACAGUCUCAUCUAACCCCACGACCUGUCCCAAACCCUUCACGACAAAUGCCACUGCCAGAUCACCUCUGACACCACGAACUGUGAGAGCUGGCAGGCCCGAAGGCCUGGAAAAGCCAAGGCAGUGCCGGGCCUCUGCACCAAGCAACGCUAUGCCCAUUCUCAGCUGUAGCGGGGAAGAUCACUUGGGCAUGACGCUAUAUUGCUCCUGGUGCUGUCCCAGCUUCUACAAGGACUAUCCAGACCUUCGGCUUGCAGGUGACCGGCUGGGGCACUGGAGUCCUCAUAACCCAGACCUGCUUAACCCAUCGGAUGAUGGGCCACUGCUUCAAUCUCAGGACUUAAGUUCUCUGGAGCCUUCUUUGGAGCCAAGUCAACAAGCAGAGGCUGUAACCCAGCAGGACGAGGGGUAUCUUGUCAUGGAGAGUGCUCAGAGCCCAGGCUGGGAGAGAAGGCUCACCAACUCCAUGUUGAAUGGCUAUCUGGAGGUCCAAAUGCUGGAGGUGUUUUGUCAGCAUAUGCAAAACAUGGCGUGCUGUGGAUCGUCAUUGCUGGGCACUGACGUCAUGCCGGCACUGGUGCCCACCAGCCUGACUGUAGCAAAAGAACAGACAGCCAGUCAAGAAGAAGAGCCGGAUUCUUCAUCCAAUAAUGUUGUGCGAUACUUGAGCACUUGCUCAGCUCCAGCCACCUCCCACUUCAGCUCACCUGUGCUGAGAAUUUCAGAAGCUGAGUAGCCACCCUCAUAAACACAUACAACUCCUGCCCUCAUAAAUUUUCCUCUGUUGGGCUCCUGUCUUUUGACCAACACACAAAUAUUUUAAGUUAUCUGUGUUGUUAAAGGAAUGUUCUGCAUUCAGUACCCACAGCAUUUGUGGCAUGUUGAUUACCAGAGAAAUGACUCAUGCCAGUUUUUUGGACCAAUUUCAGUAAAUAAUUUCAAUGAAGUACACAAGGCAAGGCAAUGCACAUUUACAUACACAGGGUUUCAAAAGUAUAGCCAAAAGAUUUUAAAGGGUUAGUUCACCCAAAAAUGAUAAUUCUGUCAUUAAUUACUCACCCUCAUGUUGUUACAAACCCGUAAGAUCUUCGUUCAUCUUCGGAACACAAAUUAAGAUAUUUUUGAUGAAAUCCGAGAGGUAUAUGACUCAUAGACAUAGACAGCAGUAUAAUCAACACUUUCAAGGUCCAGAAAGGUACUAAAGACAUCUUUAAAACCGUCAACGUGACUACAGUGGUUCAACCACGCGACAAGAAUACUUUUUGUGCGCAAAAACAAAACAAAAAUAAUGACUUUAUUCAACAAUAUCUUCUCUUCUGUUUCAUUAUCAUUCGUUGUUUACAUCCAGCGCUUCAAGGAUCUACGUCAGAACGCCGACUCAUUAUUGGCCAGCUCCUGCGUCAGCAUCAGGUGUACAGCUUUGGCCAAUACUGAGCUGGCAUUCGGACGUAAACACCGAAGCCUUCACUGUGCUUACUGCGUCACCUUCAUAAGUAUAAUGACAGUAUAAUGAUUACAUUGCUGUCUGUGGACGAGUCGUAUACCUUGCGGAUUUCAUCAAAAAUAUCUUAAUUUGUGUUCCAAAGAUGAACGAAGGUCUUACGGGUGUGGAACAACAUGAGGGUGAGUAAUAAAUGACAUUAUUUUCAUUUUGGGGUGAACUAACCCUUUAUUAAUGUAGAUGUUAGCAUUAAUUGUGACCUUGUCAACGUAAAGUUACACUACUGUUCAAAAAUAAAAUAGCUUUUCUUUAUCAUUCUAAUGUGCUGAUUUGGUGCUCAAGAAACAUUUAUUAUUAUUACCAAUUCUAAAAACUUUUGUGCUUCUUAAUGUUUUUGUAGAAACUGAUACAAUUUUUGUCAGGAUUCUUUGAUGAAUAGAAAGUUCAAAAGAACAGCAUUUAUUUGAAAUAGAAAUCCUUUGGCAAAUUAUAAAUGUCUCUACUGUCACUUUUGAUCAAUUUAAUGCAUCCUUGCUGAAUAAAAGUGUUAAUUUCUUUCAGUUUCAAAAUACUGACCCUUAACUUUUGAACAGUAGUGUACUUCCAAUCUUUAUAUGUGCUAUCUACACACAAGGAAUGUGACAUAACUAUCUGUGUUGGCCUGUGUUGACAUGGAGCAAACUCCACCCACAGGAAUUAUGUUUGUAAUGCAUAACCAGACAUUCAUAUAGCCACCUAUAAAAAUAGUCCCACCUCGAAAGGAUGAGUUUGGCAAUGUUACAGAUAAUAGUGAAUGAUAAAUAUUUUUUAAUGAAUAAUUCAUAUAGUGCUUUAACAAACAAGUCUCACAUUUCUGUUUUUAGACCUUUUACUUCCAUUGUAAAUACUAAAUUGGCCAUAUAUUUAUUACUGUAACUGCAUUUUUUUGCCUUUUUAUUUAAAAAAGGUAACAAACCUGAGGGACAAUUCUUAAAUAUUUUUCUCUUAUAAUCAACAUUCUGACACAAAUUCUGUCGAUAGAGCUUGUUGAACUCGAAACAUUCCUUAAAUUUACAUGAAUGUUUACACAAUUCAUUAAUGUUAAUUCAUCCUUUCCAAACCUAACAGACUGACAAAUUGUGACAACUGCAAAUCCCACAGAAAACCACAAACAAGUCUAAUGUAGCAGAGCUCUCUUAUCCUCUUUUCUUUUUACUCAUCCACAAUCCUCCCCUCACCGACCUCUGCUCUUCCAUUGUAAACUUCCAUCAACAUGGUAUGUUUAGAAGAAGAGGAACCAAAGUCAUACUGUCAUGUGUAAACUGUGCAAUGACAUUUAUAAACGUUACCACUUCCUACUAAACAGCCAAUCAAAUGUUGUUUAUCUCCCUCAGUCCUGCUGCUAAAUGCUUUCACUUUCCUUGUAAUCAUAAUGAAAUAUUUGAAGAAGAAAAAAAGAAACUUUAUUAGCUUAUGUCCUCAGUUCUAUAUAUGGUGCUAUAAUUCAGUUAAAUCAACUAAUUUUUUCAUUCGAUUUUUAGUUUGUGGUAAAUUUUCUAUAAUGUGAAACUGUUCAAUAAGUGUUAUUAAAUACUGCCACCUGCUGUUCUUACUGAAAAAUGACACCCAGGCAUCAGACAAAUGCUGAUAUUGUGCUCGCGCCCUCUGCUGGGAGCUUUCGGAACGGCGGCCAAUGUCACCAUGAAGGGUUAUGUCACUGUCCAUGGCAUUGUCCUUCACCCAGAGCUGUGAGUCCUCAAAUGUUGUACAUUACAUCGAUGUUUAAAGAUAAGAUACACGCAUUGCAUGUAAAAUGUGUUAUAUUAAGAAUUUCAUUUUAUUGUAAUGAAUGGAGGAAAAUAAAACCUAAAUGCCUGUACUGCCA